AUGGCUGUAGGAAACAACACUCAACGAAGUUAUUCCAUCAUCCCGUGUUUUAUAUUUGUUGAGCUUGUCAUCAUGGCUGGGACAGUGCUGCUUGCCUACUACUUCGAAUGCACUGACACUUUUCAGGUGCAUAUCCAAGGAUUCUUCUGUCAGGACGGAGACUUAAUGAAGCCUUACCCGGGGACAGAGGAAGAAAGCUUCGUCACCCCUCUGGUGCUCUACUGUGUGCUGGCUGCCACCCCAACUGCUAUUAUUUUUAUUGGUGAGAUAUCCAUGUAUUUCAUAAAGUCAACCAGAGAAUCUCUGAUUGCCCAGGAGAAAACAAUUCUGACCGGAGAAUGCUGUUACCUGAACCCCUUACUCCGAAGGAUCAUAAGAUUCAUAGGGGUAUUUGCUUUUGGGCUUUUUGCUACUGACAUUUUUGUAAACGCCGGACAAGUGGUCACGGGGCACCUGACGCCGUACUUCCUGACGGUGUGCAAGCCCAACUACACCAGCGCAGACUGCCGGGUGCACCACCAGUUCAUCAACAACGGGAACGUCUGUACUGGGGACCUGGAGGUGAUAGAGAAGGCUAGGAGGUCCUUUCCCUCCAAACAUGCUGCUCUGAGCAUUUACUCCGCCUUAUAUGCCACGAUGUACAUCACAAGCACAAUCAAGACGAAAAGCAGUCGACUGGCCAAGCCGGUGCUGUGCCUCGGGACCCUCUGCACAGCCUUCCUGAUGGGCCUCAACCGGGUCUCUGAGUAUCGGAACCACUGCUCGGAUGUGAUUGCGGGCUUCAUCCUGGGCACUGCUGUAGCCCUGUUUCUGGGAAUGUGUGUGGUCCAUAACUUUAAAGGAACACAAGGAUCUCCUUCCAAACCCAAACCCGAGGACCCCCGUGGAGUACCCCUAAUGGCUUUCCCAAGGAUAGAAAGCCCUCUGGAAACCUUAAGUGCACAGAAUCACUCUGCCUCUAUGACCGAAGUUACCUGA